AUGGGGAUUUUUCAGAUUUUUUUCUGUUUCUUCUUUCCAUUUUUUUGCCAGACAUUGCCUAGCAAUGAGCGGGAAAGAGAACUGGCUCCCAUGGAUGAGGAGAGGCAUCUAGUCUUGGCACCAGACAUGCUGCAUGGUGAUCAUUUAAUUGUUAAGGAUGCUUCAUUGGAGUUCCAAGGAUGUGGAAGAAACAUAGGCACUCGUUGGGGCAACCUAGAGACCCUUGGGUUUCUCAGAGAGUAUGAAACUGGUUUUCUGGACAGAAUAAAGCAGAACUCAAGGGAAGAUCUUGCAUUAUUUGGAAUUUGCCCAGAGGAGGCACAGGCUGCCAAUAAAGGAGCUAUGAAAGAACUUGCAAGAUUCAUUGCAGAACCUGAAGGAAAACAACUUGUUGUCCUGCAUCUUCAAAAAGAAGACUGGGAGACUGAGACCAACUUCAAUUUUCAAGGACCAGUGCAGCAACAUAUUCCCCCCUUUCUUCAGCAUUUGCAUUUACUCAUAGCUGUUUUUUAUCCUGAUACACACAACCUUACAAUGGGAUCGAAGGUCAUAAUAUCUGGGGAAGCCAUCUCACAAAGUCAGGUUGUUUGCUUGUCAUCGGAAACUCGAUAUCUUGUUGUCAGGCUGAAUGAGAAGGCUGUAAGCGCUGAACCAGAGGACCUAAGACUCAACACAUCCUUUCAAGUAAAAAAAUAUUCAGAUGGAUCUACGCUUUCAACUACCGACUUUGUGUGCCACCUGUUUGGAAUGGAUAAAAGGUGCUUUACCAAGAUCACACCUGUCAUAUUUAUGGUCUUAAGCCACAAUGGCCCCAUCAUAAGGUCCGAUCACACUUUCUCAGUAUCUAGGGUUCAGAACAAGAUAAUUCAUUCCAAGAAGGAUGAGUUUCUGGAAAUUCUAUCCCGUUUAUCAACACUUCUGAUGCCUUCUAACACUAAACCAUCUUCCACUAUUCACGUGUCUCUUGAUCCUAAAGAUGAAAGUGAUGUUGAAUUUCGUCCUCAACAGCUGAAUGUUACAGAGGUAGAGGCAUUGGAGUGGUUGGUGGACUCUCAGGAACCCCUUGUGUUUCUUUUUUUACCUGGGAGCAAACAUCUUUUGGCUAAUAGAAUUCACGAAAGAAUGAAUGUGACAUUGCUAGAGAGAAUCACUGAAAAGACACAAGAGGUGCUAGAAGACAUGAAAGAUAUCUUUUCAACGGGUGAUCAUGUCCAAAUUCUUCAAAAACUUAUUAUCUCUUGCCAUAGCCACUUCAAUGUUAGCUAUCUAUCUAUAGACGAGGAGCAGUCACCACAGUUGGGAAAUAAACAGCAUAGGAAACUGCAUUCACUGAUGCUCCUUAAAACGUUACAGACAAUUCGUGCCUAUUGGCAAGACCGCAAAAAAUUAUCACGACAGAACCGUGGAGCAGGCCUCAAACCUCACUGUCGCCUGCAGGAGCUGACCAUCAACUUAAAACCAUACCCAGAAUAUAAAGACAUCCAUUUUCCAGAAGAAAUAAACAUCAACAACUGUGUAGGGCCUUGCCGAUUCCCACAGACCACUCAAAGUGAAUACCAUGCCCAUGUAAUUCUGCUCAUCCAGCUCCAGGAGAGAAGACAAUCUAGCCUUGAUCGACCACCUUGUUGUGUACCUGUUCAAUAUCAAGAACAGUGGCUGAUGGUGGCACAUGAAAAUGGCAUUAGACUUCACCUCUAUCCAAAUAUGGUUGCCAAAGAGUGUGGUUGUAGAUAGGUAUAUUAUAUACAACUAUCAUAUUCAGUUUUACAGCAAAUUUUAAGUGUUAAUUUUUACCAUUUUAGAAAUAGAGGACACAUUCAUGUACAUUGGGCACUGACAGUCCAAGCCAUACAGUUCAAGCCCAUCAUGGUAAAGAUACUUUCUAGGCCCAUCAUCCAGAUUCCUUGACUUUUUUUUGCAUCUUUGGUUAUAAAACCUCUAAUCUGCAAUAUCAAAAUUAUUUAAAAAUGAAAUGUGCAAAAUACAGGGCACAUUUACUAUGUUAAUCUUCUUCAUGUAUAUAUGUAGUUUAGGUCACAUAUAUAACAGAAAACUAUUUCUUUGUAUAUCAUCUUCACUCCAUAGCUUUAUCUUGACCUUUCAUGGUUACACCUACCCUAUUAUAGGGCUCUGCAGUGAAUCUUCGUAAUUUUUUCUUUUAGUAGUAUUCAUAAGAUUGAGGCUGUUGUAUAUGUAUAAGCCUGCCGCUUCAUCCUUUGGCCGAAUGUAAUGUUUCAGGUGUGGCCAUUUAAUUAUUUAAUAAA